AUGAGAGUAACAUUAAUGGAGACUGUAAGAAAUCCCAAAGAGCAACCCAUUUUUGCCUUUUAUGCUAAUUGGUCAGCCCUUAAACCUAGUGAAGUUGAUGCCAAUGAUUUUUUUAGGAUUUUGGAUACAAUCAGAUCUUCUGUUACUCCUCAGGAUUUAAUAAAACAGCAGCAAUUUACUGAGAUGUAUUGACAAGAAGGGCAAUAA